CAAGAAUAGAGAGACUCGGGUCCUUCACAAUCACCUUCUAUAUCUCACCAAUAACCUAUCAUCGAUAGACCUGUCAUUUGCCGAUAUUCUACAGCUUCACAGAACUUUUCACAAAACCUCACCCCCUUUCACUCUUCUGCCCCCGUGAGACCCACACUCGUCAAUCCUUUCCUUCUCGAAUCCCGAAGUUAUUCUCAACCCCGAGGGAGUGACAGAUCGUCGAGUUCACCCCUCUCACCCCACCUCGAAGACACAUUUUUUGCUCGUCUUCUCGGUUCUAAAGUUCCCAAAAACUCUAGCGGCGCUGGUAGGCCUACCUUUAAGAGCGCAGGUAUUGCGUCUCUAAUGUUAAAACGACGGAUACGAUUACCAGCUUUACCAAAACAGACCUGAGCCUUGCGAAACAAUUAACCCGAUUACCAUCGAUAGCCCCGCACGCUUUCUAUACGCCGACCGCUUCGGGCAGUCAAUUUUUACCUGAAUGGCAGAGGGCUAUGGACAGUAUCCAACGGGACAGAACCCAUACAAUCUCAAUAAUCGAUUCCGAAGGGGCUCACCGCCUCAAACUCCAUCCCCCUCUCGUUCGCCAGCACCACAAUCGCCUGGCAGUUACCUCUACCACUCGGGCCAACAGCAUCAUACAAUGCUUAAUUCCCAAGUCCACCGAGGGUACAUGCCUCAACAGCCGCAAAAUGUUAAGUUCUUACAACAGUUAGCGCAACCUCAGGGGCACCAAGUUGACCAAGCCAUGAAUCAUGUGCAAAACAAUGCCGGAAACAACACAGUUGGAGGCCAUUCACAUUCUUACUCUUCCGGCGGAUUGGGGAAUCCCUCCUACGCUUCACCCCAGCACAACUCUAAUGGCGUAACAACAACAUUGCAGAAUACCUCUCCACAUUGGCAGGAACAGCAAACCCUUAUCGCUACAUCUCGUAACUCUAGCUCUCCUCAUCACCACGCUCGGCAAGCUGCACUAUCAAACAAAAACUCAUCCCAAGCUCAAGUUACUGGGGGUAUCAAUCCAGGCGCAUUUCAACCUCUGAGUGCUCAACACCGCAAGGAUGGCCCCCCCGUGGAAGAGAAGGAAGUGCGGAAGCAUGAUACAGGCGAACUGGAGAGGCAGGAUUGGAAGUCUUUGGAUCUAGGUGGUCAAGGGCUCCGGGCCUUAUCUAAAUCAUUAUUUCAGUACACCUUUCUAGACAAGCUAUACAUAAACCAUAAUAAGCUUACCGUGCUCCCUCCAGCUAUAAGUCGACUGAAGCUCUUACAGCUUCUCGAUGCCUCGGGGAAUCAACUUACUGAGGUACCACCUGAGUUGGGCAUGUUGACGAAUUUGAAAAACCUUUACCUGUUCGACAAUCAGCUUACUACUCUCCCGAAUGAAAUUGGAUCUCUGUACCACCUAGAGGUUCUCGGAGUAGAGGGGAAUCCCCUCCAGUCCGACUUGAAAGAGGUCAUGAUCAAAGACGGUUCGAGAGGAGUUAUCCUGAGUUUAAGAGAAUCGAUGCAAGUUUCAUUUUCCCCCGUCGAGAGAGACUGGAUAAUACUCGAUGAUUCUUCCAGAAGUGGUGCCAAAUCCGAAGCGGAUAAAUUCCAGGUUUUGUGCUACAACAUUCUUUGUGACAAAUACGCGACUCAAAAUAUGUACGGGUAUUCGCCUUCUUGGGCACUUUCAUGGGAUUACCGGAAGAAGUUGAUUCAUGAUCAGUUGAUUGAAUCGAAGGCGGAUAUUAUCUGCUUGCAGGAAGUUGAUAUGGAAAAUUUCAAUGAGUAUUUUAUGCCUGGGCUUGCUAGGGAAGAAUAUAAAGGUGCUUUUUAUCCAAAGAGCCGAGCAAAGACCAUGAACGAAACGGAAAAGAAGUCUGUAGAUGGGUGUGCAACGUUUUUCAAGUCUACCAAGUUCUCUCUGCUCGAAAAACAGAUUGUUGAUUUCAGCUCUGCUGCUUUGAACCGCGAGGAUAUGAAAAAGACUGCAGAUAUCUACAACCGUGUCAUGCCAAAGGACAAUAUUGCUGUUAUAACUUUCCUGGAGAAUAAAAUCACAGGCUCACGGCUCAUUGUUGCCAACGUUCAUAUCUACUGGGACCCUCAAUACCGAGAUGUUAAGCUUGUUCAAGUAGGAAUUCUAAUGGAAGAUAUCACUAAAUACGCGGAUCAGUGGGCGAAGAGCUUUCCGAACAGGGCGCGGUCUCCAGGUGAUACGAGCCCUCUGGAACCAGCUGUCAACUAUUCAAGCGGUUCUCAAAUUCCGUUGAUUAUUUGUGGGGACUUCAAUUCAAUCGCGGAUAGUGGGGUGUACGAAUUGUUAUCCCGUGGUUCAGUUGCGAACGACCACGACGACCUGCUUGGGAGAACCUAUGGUAACUUUACUAGAGACGGGAUGUCGCAUCCAUUUCCUCUAAAGAGCGGUUAUUCAAAUAUUGGAGAGCUCGAUUUUACCAACUACACUCCUGGGUUUACGGGUGUUAUCGACUAUAUUUGGUACACCACAAGCAAUCUCAAUGUUACAGGAUUAAUGGGAAAUGUUGAUAAAGAAUACCUGGCGCGAGUGCCUGGGUUUCCUAACAUGCACUUCCCCAGCGAUCAUAUUCUGCUACAGACCGAAUUUCAGGUUAAGCCUCGGAAGGAGCCGAUUGUUAAGCCACCACCCCCCGAUUUCGGCAACAACCCACCGCGAAAGUCAUGAGUAGCGAAAAGGGGGAGAGGAAUUAUCUUUACAGACGUUAACUCCAUAGCAUUGCCAAUCCAGGAGUACUUUUUCUUUUUCCCCGGGUUUUGUUUUUCCUCUCACCCUUUCAGUCCUUUUUUGUCAACCUCUUUGUUGUGUGAGGAGCGGAAUGCGUUUUUCUUGUUUCUGUUUUUCAGUUGGGGUUGUUAAGGCUGGAUGGGUUUUCAUGUUUCCUUGCUCAAUUCGUGGUUUUAUGUUAUUCCUUCGAUAUUUUAUACUCUUUGUGAUCAUCCGUUCAUUAAGUUUUGUUCAAUUCUCGGUGUGUUAUUUUUAAGGGUUCUAUUUUCUUCAUUGUAACCAGAAAAACCCCCUUCUAGCAAGGGGGCCAUUCUCUCAGCCCAUGAAUCUUUUUGUUUAGUACGGUGUCGUGUACUAUCACAUAGUCGAUUGCUUUCUUUUCUUUCUCAUCCCUGUCUGUCUGAUUUCGCCAAUCUGGAGCACUUUCUCCCCCGCCAAUCUGG